CAGCUUUGGCUGUGGCCCGUAAAAAGGCGACGCACACGUAACAGUCCAAAAACGAACGCGCAACGAAAAAGUACAACAAAACGCGCUUUACCAUUAUAAUAAAUAAAUUCCUCCCUCGCAUUGUUGUUGUUAUUUUAACGAAUUUUUUUUCUUAAUUUUAUAUCGCGACCUUAGUUGCUUAGUAGAAGCGUACGUGUGCACAGGAAGCAGGCGGGUGCUAAAAGCGACUUAGUUCACCACCACCACCACCACCACUAGUAUUAACGAACGCAAUUUGAAACGAAAAUAAGAGUGAAGUGUCGUAAUUUUAAUAUUGCCCCUGAUAAAUUGUCGCACGAUAAUUUGAAUUUUAUGCUCCGCGUGUUAUUACCAAACUUUAUAAAUCUACAUAUUCACACAGGAUUGCGGCAGCAGUAUUGUCCGGGAUAUAUUGGUCAAUUGUAAUUCGUGCUGACAAACAGGUGCAAUAUGGCGGCGGGUGGCUACGGCGGUUACGGCAAUAGAAAUCAUAUUAAAAAUUUCGGCUGUCUGCGUACGAUUGUGCUAUGGGCGGCAAUACUCAGUUUGCUUCAGUCGCUGAUAUGGAUGGGUCUCACCAUAGUCGGCAUUAUCGCAUACACCUGCAAUAUGCCUAUUAAUUCACUAUUCACCUAUGGUUCUCUGAUGCAAUACGCCUUCUACACGCUUUACUUUAAAGGCGGUUGCAUUCCCGCCGACUAUCAGCAAUUCGAUCAUACAAUGUUGGAAUCGGUGCAAACAGUGCUCUCGCCAGAGGAUAUACUCAUUUGGAAUUGCGUGUAUCUAGCGGUGGCGUUUUGCUGGUUCAUCACAUCGUUGCUGUUGUUGGCAUUGGUGAGAAAGGACAACAUUACCCACACCAGCGCCGCCAUUUACAGCUGGAUCGUGACGAUAUUGUGCAUAAAUCUGAUGGACUUGGCGUUGGGCAUUAUAUUUGGCAUUGAUUACGGCAAUUUCAAUAGCGCUGCUUACAAUUACAAUUUGUCCAGCAUGAAUGCGGGCGCAAUCGAACCACAGGCAGCGCAAUUGGUCGCUGGUGGAGUAGCAGCGAUUUCUUUGAUGAUCAUCUCAUUCAAGGGCUUCGUUUUGUGGCUGAUCAAUGUCGGUCUAAUGUGUUAUCUGCUAAAACUUGUCAUUGAAAUUGCCUACGAUAAGGACACCAAUGAUACUUUAUUCAUGCCACCCAUGACAGAUAAGGACUCAGAUGACAUCAUUUCUAACCGACCGCCGAUUAAGGCCUACGAAGAAGAUAUCACAACCAAAAUAUACACGAAUGACGCCUUUGUGCCGGACAGUCGUUCUGUGGUCACCGUCGAACUGAAUCAGGAUGCGCUGGCGCGUGCCGCACGCAUGUCUACCGAUAUUAUGUCGCAGGGACCGCGCUUCCGUAAUGUGGACGCUUUCCAACAGUAUCCACCACAACGUUUUAGCAACAAUAACAAUAAUAUUGCACUAAAUAACAACAACAACAAUAAUUUCGUCAAACAAGUUUCAAUAAAGGAAACAGCAACAACACCGGAUGUCAUAUCACCCUAUCCGGUACCGGACUACACACCACCAAUGUCGCGCUCCGCUAACGGUAUAAUACGCAAUCAACGUUACCAAUGAGGAAGUGUGGGUUGCAAAUGACGUAAGCUCGAAGUAACUGCAUAUCUCUUCAUUGCGUUAAUUUUAAAUUAGCUUAAAUUAAGUGCCAUCCAUUAGCUUCAUUCCGUUAUAGCAAUUUACCAUAAAUAUGUUUAUAGAGUGCUGCUCAGCGUUCGUUUAAAGUAGAACGCCGCCAUUGCAUUUCGCUCUCUAAUUCUGACUCAGCUUUUACAUAUCAUCGAUCCGGUAUUAGCUCCCUCAAACACUUUUGUUUUUAAAUUCACUUGUUUUUCCUCAGCAAAUCAUAGCUUAACUUAUAUAGAUACAUAUAUAUAUAUAUAUAAAUACAAACAAAACGCAACAAUGUACUUAUUUUUAGAAUGUAUUUAAUUGUAUAUUUUUAUUUAUUCAAUUGUAAAUAAUAAAUAUACGCUAUUGUAAAUACUUAAAAGACAAAAACAAAA